CGCCUUUGCGUUUAUCCUCGUCUCUCUUUACUGUCUCUCGCCUUCGUUCGCUUCCCCCAAUCCCGAAACCCUAACCCAAGCCCUGAACCUAGCUCUAGAUAUUGUUUUAGUUCCGGAUUUGAAUUCAGGAAGGAAGAAUUUGGGAGGCCGAGAUGUCGGAGAAAUUCUCGCCGGCGCUGCGGCUGGCUGAUCUCAAUGACUUCAUCGCGCCGUCGCAGGACUGCAUCGUUUCGCUCAAGGCGAUGAAGUCGAAGCACGAAAAAGAAAAGAACCAGGAGAAAGUCAAAGCUGUAAGCAAACCAUCACAAACUGAAGCAGUCAAGAUUUCGCUGAAAGAUUGCUUGGCAUGCAGUGGUUGCAUUACUUCAGCAGAAACCAUUAUGCUCGAGAAACAAAGUUUAGAUGAGUUUCUGUCUCAAGUCAAUUCAGAGAAGGCUGUUGUUGUUUCUGUUUCCCCUCAAUCAAGAGCAUCAUUAGCUGCUUACUUUGGUCUUUCGCCAGCUCAGGUUCUCAGAAAGCUCACUGCAUUGUUCAAGUCUUUGGGAGUUAAAGCCGUGUUUGAUACAAGUUGCAGUCGAGAUUUAUCCCUCAUGGAAUCAUGUAAUGAAUUUAUUUCACGGUACAAACAGCAUGCCUCGACUGAUGGCAGAGAAAAUAGAUCAAUCUUUCCCAUGCUUUCAUCUGCAUGUCCAGGUUGGAUAUGUUAUGCUGAGAAGACACUUGGAUCUUAUAUCUUACCUUAUAUUUCAUCAGUGAAGAGUCCUCAACAAGCAAUUGGGACUGCUAUCAAGCAUCAUGUCGUCCAACAAAUGGGUCUCACGCCGGACAAAGUCUAUCAUGUGACAGUUAUGCCUUGUUAUGAUAAAAAGCUUGAAGCUGCUAGGGAUGAUUUUUUAUUUUCAAUGAAUUAUGGAGAAAAUGGUCAUGAUGGUUCUGAGAUGAAGAUCGCAGAGGUAGACUCAGUGUUGACAUCAGGAGAAAUGUUAGACUUAAUACAGUCAAAAUCAAUCGAUUUCAAGGCUUUGGAAGAAGCUCCUCUGGAUAGACUGUUAACAAAUGUUGAUGAAGAAGGGCAUCUUUAUGGGGUUUCUGGUGGCUCUGGAGGGUAUGCAGAAACAGUUUUUCGCCAUGCUGCUAAAACACUCUUUGGGAAAGAAAUUGAGGAACCACUUGAGUUCAGGAGUGUGCGCAAUUCAGACUUCAGGGAGGUGUCCUUAGAAGUGGAAGGAAAAACUGUAUUGAAAUUUGCACUUUGCUAUGGAUUCCGAAACCUGCAGAACAUUGUAAGGAAAAUUAAGAUUGGGAAAUGUGAUUAUCACUUUCUUGAAGUUAUGGCAUGCCCUUCAGGCUGCCUGAAUGGGGGAGGUCAAAUAAAACCAAAGAUAGAUCAGUCUGCCAAAGAUCUGAUUCCACUGUUGGAAAAUGUGUAUAAGCAAGAUGUCUUAGUUGCCAACCCUUUUGAUAAUCCUGUUGUAAAGAGCUUGUAUGAUGAAUGGCUCGAGCAACCUGGUUCAGACAAGGCCAAAAGAUACAUGCACACAGAAUACCAUCCAGUGGUGAAAAGUAUUGCCUCGCAGUUGCACAACUGGUGAGGCCUUUUCUUUAUCCAUUGUUUCUGGCGCUUCAUCACCAUGCUAGGAGCUGAUGCUCAUACUUCAUAUCUGUGCACACCUCUAUUCCAUGGAUAUCAAACUCAGAAACAAUAAUUUUUUUUUUUUGGGAAACACUGUACGUUUUCAUGUAUAAAUUUUGUUGUGAUCUAAUUGAUGCUGUAAAAUAUAUUUUGCAAUCAAACAUGUUAUACCGUGAUGCAAGAGAGACCAAUUGUUCUUUACUGAUGGUAUACAGUAUUGUUGAAUAUUGUCCAAGUUCCCGUUGAUAAUUGAUAUGUUUAAUGAAAUUUUUCAUGCUUA